UGGCUACUAAAUAAGGAGUGUGAGUAUAAGUGUAUAUUAUAUGAUUAAAGUCAAUUGUUGAACGGAGUAAACUUAAGUCAGCGAACAGAAAAUAUAAAAUCAGUUGCUUCUGGCCUCUUGCGAAUAAGAGUCACUAAUAAUCAACCAACAAAAUGUCUGAGAAAGAGAAAAAGGUCAAGAAGAAGAAGAAGGAAGGAGAAGCCACUGUUGAAGCUACCCCAGAAGAAACUCCAGCGGCAACUCCAGCAGCUGCCACACCAACCACCCCAUCUGGUUCGACUCGCCAAUCAUCCAAAUCUGGCGGUUCUUCAUCCAGACGCGCUAAGCGCGCCGGUUCCAAUGUCUUCUCUAUGUUCUCACAGAAACAAGUCGCUGAGUUCAAAGAGGCCUUCCAACUCAUGGAUCAAGACAAAGAUGGCAUUAUUGGAAAGAACGAUCUCCGUGCUACAUUCGAUGCCGUUGGUAAAUUGACAAACGACAAAGAAUUGGAAGAAAUGCUCGGAGAAGCGUCUGGACCAAUUAACUUCACACAAUUGUUGACUCUGUUCGCCAAGCGUAUGGCUGGAUCAGGAGCAACUGAUGAUGAUGAUGUUGUUAUUGAUGCCUUCAAGAAAUUCGACACCGACGGUCUCAUCGAUGGUGACAAAUUGCGUCAUUUACUCAUGACCUUCGGCCAAAAGUUCACCGCCAACGAGGUUGAUGAUGCCUACGAUCAAAUGGUGAUUGACGAUAAGAACAUGAUCGACACAGCUGCCCUCAUCGAAAUGCUUACAGGAAAGGAAGAAGGAGAAGAAGGAGAAGAAGCAGCAGCAUAAGCUGAUUUCGAUUCAUUCACCUCAGUUCAUUGAUUCCAUUAUAUACAAGCAGAUCACGUUUCUUUUGGAGAUUUUCUUUAUCCUUGGAUAAUUACAAAAAAAUCUGAUGAACCAAUCGCACCACCGUCGUUUAUCAUGGAAGAACUUUCAUCUCUUUUUUCAUUGACUUUGUCUUAUUUAUGUGUAUGUUACAUUCAUUAAAACAAAUUUGUAAAGAAAAGAACAAAAUAAAAGCUUUAAAAGGAACGGCAGUUGAACAUCAAACCUGUUGUCAUUAACUAAAAUCAUCUAAGAAAAUAAAGAAAUAAAUAAAAACUCAAAAAAAAAUUCUUAAAA